AUGGAUCUUACUCAGACACACUCAAAAAGUUCGAGCAAAUUUUCUCAGGGUAUUCCGGAAGCUCUAUCAGUCGAUAACAUUAUCAAUGGCUCAACUUGUCCUCCCAUGACUGUUAGGGAGUUUAUGAAUUAUCUCGAAUACAUUGAACACGCUCCAGAAAAUCUUCAAUUCUUCCUCUGGUUUCGAGAUUAUACACUUCGUUUCGAGAAAUCAAAGCCAUCCAAUCCCUUCUCAACACCCCCCACAACAGCCACUUCAGAACGCAAGGACUUUGCCUCAGAAUAUCACAAUGAUUCGGCAGUUCGGUUCUGCGAUGGUGUUGAUGAUGAGAGACCAAUAAAUCAAAUCAAGUCAAUCAUGAAUUCUCCACCUCAAUUUAUAGCUCCUUGGGAGACAGAUUUUGAUAAAGAAGGGAGUUCCUUAAUGGAAGUUCCCUCGUCAGCACAAGAUUCAUAUCGUGUGGUUGCCGAGCAAACCUUCAUUCGUUCUGGUGUUAAGAUUCCUGAUAUCAAUUUGCCACACCGUGAUGAAAUUGAUCGAAUCAUUGCCAUAUAUAUUGCAGAUAAUGGCUCUCGUCAACUCAAUCUUUCCUCACGUCAAAGAAUCGGUUUGCUCGAACGUCUUUCAACUACAACUCACCCCACUGCCUUCCAACCCAUCGUGGAAACUGUCGAAUAUAGUUUGAGAAACCAAGCACAUCCCAAUUUCAUCCGCUGGAGCAUUAGCAAUAGCAAUAAGCCACGUCAGAUGUUUGCCAAAGGCCUUGGUGCCACUCUUAUCAUUUUCGGUUUCUUUUACGCAAUUCUUGCGACCCUUAGUAACAUGUCUCGAGGAUGGCGUGCCUUUUCAGCAGUAUUUUGGGUCAUGGGUAUCUCCACGUUGUAUGCGGCAUUCCGUGGGAUGUGCAUCGUACUUCAUGGUCUUCAUCAUCGACAUCUCCGGCCUUGGGAGUUAUGGGAGUCCGAGGAAUCUGCUGUCUACCUGGACGACAACUCUAGCGGUGGAAAGGAUGUAGAGUAUCCAUGGAUUAAGAAAUACGAGAAGAGAUGUAUCAUCAGAAAGAUCUUUGAUCGAGAAGUCUGGGUACAAGAGCCAGCGUUGAGACAGAUACAGGAUAUUAUUUUCCUGCAGUCUUUACUAACCGGAUUUUCUGUGGCUAUCGCAUUAAACAUCAUCUUCUUGGCUGUUCCAGAAGGUCGUUUCUUUUGA